AUGAGAGAUUUCGAGAAAAUAAAAGAAGAGCUCUGUGUUGCUCCCCUACUGGCUCAUCCAGAUAUGACGAAAAUAUUCUACUUAGGUUGUGAUGCAUCGGAUUAUGGUGUCAGGAUCCAUUUAUAUCAAAGAGAAGAAGAAGAUGAUGAUGAAAAGGAUGGUAUAGGAACAGCUGCUUCGUGGGACCGAAAAUCAGUUGUGGUAACAGAUCACAAGGGUCUAUCUUUUAUGUUAACAUGUAGACAUUGGGUAACUAUAGUGAUUAAGUGGUUGCUGGCUCUACAAGAAUUUGAUUUUAAUAUUCAUUAA